GCUUUCGUAUUGGGUGGACAAGUCAGGCAUCUGCAGAACAACGUGCUGGCCGUGCUGGACGUGUGGGACCUGGACAUUGUUACCGUUUGUAUAGUACGGCCGCAUAUUCCAACUUAAUGCCAAAACAUGGCUUACCCGAAAUUCUCAGAACAUCAUUAGAAUCAGUGGUACUAUUGAUGAAAUACUUAGGUAUUGAUAACGUUGGAUCAUUUCCAUUUCCCUCUCCUCCAAAUGAAGACGAAUUGAAGCGGGCUUUAACGCAUUUGACGCUUAUUGGCGCUUUGGACUCUCAAAUUGAACGCCGUAUCACCACUUUGGGUAAACGACUGAUAGCCUAUCCAAUUCCCCCUCGUUUUUCACGGAUAAUUCUGGAGGCCUUGGAUCGGAAACUUCCUGAUUGUAUUCUUAACAUGGUAGUUGCUAUAGCAGCUGUUUACUCAACUACUACCAAUGUAUUUACUAGUGAUGGAAAUGGUUUAAAAUGGAAGGCAAGGGAUUUAAAAAAACCCGAUGAUGAACGUCGGCCCUUCAUUUCUUCUUUGCUAAAUCCUGGGAGUGACUUGAUUACUUCUUUAAAUGCCUUUGGAGUAUAUUUGAACGAUUCUUCUUCAGGGAAUUGUUAUCGGUACUGUCUGGUGCAAAAAAGUCUUUCCGAGGCCCGGCAGCUGAAACAGCAGCUACAUGCAUUAGCGAGGCAGGAUGCGGUUGUAGAACAAGUCGAUGAUACAAUUGAUGCUAACGAUGUCGGAGCAAUGGACUCUGGACCCCACAUCAGCAAUAUUUUUUUGCCUACAAUCUCAAAGGAGCAGGAAUUACUCUUAAGAAAAUUAUUUAUUUAUGGCCUUAAGGAUCAAGUUGCCCGACGGGCCACUAUUCAAGAGUGUCGAGGCCAUGGAGUAGAGUACAAGGAUAAGAAGGCAACGAAAGCACCGUACAUCCUCUUGGGUCGCUCAAUGAUAUCCUAUAUUCAUCCAUCAAGUUCUAUAGCGCGAACAUUUCCUCCUCCUGAGUACGUCACGUUUGCCUUUUUACAAAGAUCCGUGCGCUCCGAAACGAAGGAUCCCGUAACGAUGAUGUUGGGAUUAACCAUUGUAACUAAAGAGUGGUUAUCUGAGUGUGGUGUAAUUCUCGAGUAA